UAUGAAUUAUCCCCUACGGUUGUGCACUUGGGCUCUUUGAGAAAAAACUUGCAUCUCCUUAAUCAUGAAUUGCACAGUACCUAAGAUCCAAGAUUGGUCACUAUGUUGCUGGGCACUUAACCUACGUAGCUUUGUAACUUUGUAGCCCUGUUUCCCCGGUGCCCAAGGCCUGUUCUGGUAUCCAUAGGCCUUUAACACCUUGGUAUCCAUGGGAGACAAAUUUGCAAUACCCUGCCCAUUCCUAUCCUCCUGAGAGUAGGAACAAGAAACAGGCAGAAGAAGUUCAUUCUUGUUCAGAACUAGCUUCUGAGUCGUCUUCUUCAAGCGGCGAGUCCAACUACUAACACCUCCUUAUACUCAGGGCCGGGUGGCGGUUUGUAUACCAGCUUCACUUAUACCCGCCGACUAAGCACAUGAGAGUAGUUCGCUGAGCCGGAGGAGCUGACGACAUAAGGACUUGGCCCCUUGGCUCCGUCGUCUUGCACGGAGUUCGUCUACUAGUUCACCGGACCUUAUUGAAUUCACUAUUCCAACAUUUGGACCCGCGUCUACCUUCCUAGAAACCCACUCACCAUAGACUUCCUUCUCGAUUCAAUCUCUGCUCUUUCUUUCCAGUUUGCCUUUCCAUUCGCUUUUUUAUUCAUUACAUCUCUUACCACCCUCUUAUCCCCUUCAUUUCUCGACCUUCGAUUCGGGAUAUCCGGUAGGUAUGGCGUCGCUCUCGAAAGAAGUGAUGCCCUCCCAAAGCCGAUGUACCCCUAUCUUCAUCAAAUUGCCCAUGGAGACGCUUUAUGAGAUCAUUUACAAGCUAUCUCGGGAAGACCUGUUCCACUGGGCCUUAACAUGCAGCCACUUCUCAUAUAGGAUCCUGCCCGUCCUAUACAAGCUUGACCUAGGCGUAGAGCCGUUCAUGGGCGAAUGCGAGGGCACUUACGGGAUCUACCAGUCCCUAGAAUGGGCAUGCCGACACGGAUUCAUGGGCACCUUCGAGAUGGCGCGCGAAUUGGGAGCGGAUCUAGACCAUAUCCUUGAGCUUCGGACCGGCUUCUCAUUAGACCACAUAUCCCUUUCGCCAUUGCACGUUGCGCUUUUCUUCGAACACCAACACAUUGCCGAGCGUCUUAUCGAGGGCGGGGCGGAUGUUACUACGCUUGCUCUCCUCGAUGGAAAAUAUUCAGCUAUGAAUUUUGCCACAUCAACUUCGAUGUGCAUGGUCCACAGGGACGCGGAGGCCGGCGCCAUACAGGGGGCUCUAGAGGCCGGCGUCACCAUCAACGCCGUCGAUUCUGCUUUUCUGAUGAUGCACGCUGGCAAAAACCACAGAUUGGACGUGGUACGCCUAUUCCUAAGUGGCGGGUUCCGCUUCAAUGAGCAGGCUAUGAUCGAGGAGGACUUGGGAGUGGGCGCCCCGGGAAUAUGCGAGCAGCUGUGCAUGACGCUUGCGCUCCAGCACGCCCUUGCCGAGACGACGUGCGAUGCGUCGGUCUUGACGGAGCUGGUUCGACUGCUUCUAGCAGAGUACGAGAGCUCUGGAAUCUUGGAUUACCGCAGUGAGAUCACUUGGCUGGUCUUAGCGACGGGCCCUAGCAUACCACUUGCCGUGCGCGCUCUCCUCUGGGACUCCCUAAUCGUUCCGCGCGGCCUACCGCCGAGCACCGUCCUUGCAGAAGAAUGGGAGCACAACUCCGUCGGCCGUAUUAUGGAUAUCGUGCACGACGUCUUGCUCGGCCGCAACGACGCCGUAGCGGACCUCCGGGACCGCAAUCUCAGGUGCAUUCUUCGCUCUAUAGGAUUCUGCCUAGCUGCCGAGGGGGGCUUCGACUGGGCGCGCGUCCAGCCCCUGGUCAAGACGCUGAUAGAGGAGAGCCACGAGCACAUCGACGUCGUGUGCACUUACCCGACGCCUCUCAUGAAUCCGCACCUCACCGCGGACGACGAGGCCCUCACGCUCGAACUCAUCGCCACGCUGCUCGAGAACGGGGCGGACGCGGAGGCUAAGCUCGAGUACGACGAUUACAAAGGAGAAAAUGAAGAAGAGGAGGAGGAGGAGGAGGACUACGUCCCGGAUCUGCUGCACCGUUCUAUGGGUAUGGGUGCUGUCCGACGAGUGCGGCUGCUCCUCGGCUACGGCGCUAGCAUCGACCCGCACACCUUGAAGGAGAUGGAGCGCCCGCGCAUGUUUUUCCUGGACGGCGUGGACGCGGAGUGGCUGGCAGAGAUGGUGGACGCGCAGAGGGAGAUCGCCGACAUGCUGACCUCGAGGCGCAGGGGGUUUGGAAAGGGGUCCACAGGUUCCCAAUCCUAAUGCGGUGCCUACUUACCUACCUAACCUUAUUGAUAAGCUUUCUAUGGCUUCUGGAUGAUGAGGAUGAUGAUGGUAGGGAGGAAGGGAGAGAGAGAGAGAGAAUAUGAGAACAGGGGACUGGUUGCUACAUACGAGAGAUAACAAGGAGAAGAUAAGACGAGGGAAUAACAUGGAUUCGUCUAUGUAGGGGGAGGAGAGAGAUAUGGUUAGCACGAAGAGGAGGACGUCAUGCGAUUUCACGAGCUGUCUUAGUAUAGCUAGCUACCUCACAGAGAAGACCGGCAGAUGAUAGCUAGGUUAGGUGCGUAUUGAAUUAUCAUUAUCCCAUAACUGAAGUUCCCAGUUUCGUACAGCUAAAGGCGAAUACGCAGGCACGACGCAUCUUGCUACGGCGUACUAAAUCAGAUGGUAUGUGGGCGAGAUGAGGCUGAUGUGAAGAGCCUUCAAGUUAUUUAUCUACGCAGGCUAUGGAGACGGGGGCUAGAUCUACAGGCUUAGCAUGUCCGACUUCCGUUUAUAUCAACGGUAUACUCUCGCGCUUGCUCA